UAGACGAAAGACCCUGAACCUCCCCUUUUAAGACUGGCUGAUUUCACACUUAGGUAAGCAGUGGUUACAAAAUGUGUUAAGACAUAGGUGAAAGUGUAGCAUGCAUCAUUGUAGAAUCCUAACAACAAAGCAAAAUGGAUAAAACAGUAACCCUACCUAACCAACCCGACAAACCAACCAAAGUGACGUUAGUGGAAAACACUGCAAACCCAAAUGGUCUGUCUUUGGUCAGCUCUUACCAGACCCACAGGGUGGGGGACCCCAUGGAUCUGGUUGCCCUGGCAACACAAGUACAGAAGGGAGACGAUUUUGUCAAAGCUAAUGCUUGCAACAGGUUAACUGUCAUUGCGGAUCAGAUUAGAUACCUGCAGGAACAGGCGAGGAAGGUUUUAGAAGACGCUAAGAAGGAUGCUGAGCUCCAUCACGCUGCAUGUAAUGUUGUAAAAAAGCCAGGGAACAUGUAUUACCUUUACGAGCGCCCGUCAGGACAGAAAUACUUCUCCAUCCUCUCCCCACAGGAAUGGGGCUCCAGUUGCCCUCACAAGUUUAUCGCUGCGUACAAGCUUCAGUACGACAUGUCCUGGACCCCACUGGAGGAGGUGCAGAAGAGGGACGCAGAGAUGGGCAUUAUGGACAAACUCCUCAGCCAGCAGGCAGCCUUGCCACCCUGCUCAGAGCCUAACUUUGAGGGCCUGACUAAAUGAAGGAUAACAUAGGGAGCUGGAUCAGACUGGAACUGGAGCAGCUGUUUGUGGCCACCCAGGGUGGCUGUUAAGGUCUUAAUUCAAUUCAAGGUUUUGAUUACUGCGCUACCUCAGAAUCAUUGGCUUUGUUUGGAAUAUAUCCCACUGGCACCAACAUGAUUUAAUGACAUUUUCAAUGACGUUUCAAUUAUGGUAUGUGGUUUUCUGUCUUUACUGAACUGGAAUAUUUGCAAAUGCAAACUUUCUUAAGCCUUUAAUCUUAAGUUAUGUUUGUAGUUAUUUUACCUUUUUUGUUUUAAUGAACAAGGAAUCUUCAAGGUGGUAACCAAGAUUGGUAUUAUUCUGACAGUUUGAAAGGAAUAAUAAAAUACAAUAAAGUGUCGUAAAGUUA